AACGCAAACCCAAAAAGCACAAACCUGGCUCCGACCACUCCCAAAUCUCACCCUCACCCCUCACCUACUCUCUCUCUCGCUCUCUCUCAAAACCCAGAAGAUAUCACACUGCUGCAGUGCUUCUUCGUCGUCUUCUUCUUGUUCCAGUGGUUGGUCCCUCUCCAGAAAUGCUGAAUCCUCCGCAAACCCAUUUCUCCAUUUGUGUUUCUUCCAAAUUCCUUGAUCUGCAGCCAUGAGAACCACUGGGGUUUGGGUUUCGGGUUGAGACCAAAACCCUUUCUUUUGAGAGGCAAUGUGAGAGUGAGAGUGAGAGUGAGAGUGAGAGUGAGAGAGAGAGAGAAAAAUUCCCAGAAUAGUCCUAUAAUGGUGGCUGCUAUUUCUGAAGCAGCUGCUUCUACAAACCCCAAGACCACUUCCCAACAACAAACGCAUCUCCAAAGACCCCCUCUGCUACCUUCGGAGAAAGACAAUGGCCACAACAAUGGCCUUGGAAAUCAGCCCAGAAGGCCCAGAGGCAGACAGGUCUCUUCCAGGUACAUGUCUCCCUCUACUUCUACUUCUACUUCUACUUCUACUUCCACAACAACAACCACAACCACAACCACCACUUCUUCUUCGUCUUCGAGUUCUAGGAGAUUCGCAUCUCCUUUGCUGUCCCGUCCGAACAAUUCCACACAUUUAUCGGCCACGUUAAGCACUUCCACGGCCACAAAACGGUCCCAAUCGGUGGACCGGAGGCGACCCACUACGCCUCGGCCGAUGCCGGCGAUGCCUGACUCGAAACACGCCAAUGGCGCCGAAGUAUCGGCGGCUACGAAGCUCUUGGUCACUUCCACUCGGAGUUUAUCGGUGUCGUUUCAGGGUGAGGCGUUUUCGCUUCCGAUUAGCAAGACGAAGGCGCAAACGCCGAGCUUGAGCAAUGCGAGGAAGGGUACGCCGGAGCGGCGGAGGGGGACCCCGGUUAGAGGAGGAGAUCAGGCGGAGAACUCUAGGCCAGUGGAGCAGCAUCGGUGGCCUGGUAGAACCCGGCAACUUGAUUCGACAAAUUCAGGUUCGAAUAAUCCGUUGUUGUCGAGGAGUUUGGAUUGUGGGAAUGGUGGUGCUGUUGAUAGGAAGAUAGUUGGAAUGGGAUCUGGGAAGCUCGUUCGAGCAUUGCAUAGUUCGAUGAUGAUUGGUGACGGUAGGAGGGCCUCGUUUGAUGGGAGGGUGAGCUUGGAUUUGGGCAACGCUGCUGAGUUGUUGAAAGGUGGUCAGCAAAACCCAGAUGCGAAUUCAGUGAAUGAGUCUUCUGUGCCUUCUGAUCUCACUGCAUCUGAUACAGAUAGUGUGUCCUCUGGUAGCACUUCAGGAGUGCAAGAUUGUGGUGGGAUUGUUGCCAAGGGAAGAGGUGGGGGGCCUCGAGGGAUUGCUGUGUCGGCUAGGUUCUGGCAAGAGACAAAUAGUCGGUUGCGCCGCCUGCAGGAUCCAGGGUCGCCACUAUCCACGAGCCCCGGGUCGAGAAUGGCUGUGCCGGCAAAGUUAGUUCAGUCGAAAAAGUAUGCUAGUGAUGGGCCAUUGUCUUCUCCACGAACAAUGUCUUCGCCUAUUAGGGGAGCCAUGCGGCCCGCAUCGCCAAGUAAGCUUUGGACAUCUUCAGCUUCCUCUCCUUCGAGAGGGGUUUCUCCUUCGAGAGGGAUUUCUAGUCCAUCUCGGGUCAGGAAUUCUGUUACUGGCUCAUUGAGUAGUAAUUCAAGUACGCCUUCGAUUCUCAGUUUCUCUGUUGAUAUUCGGAGAGGGAAGAUGGGGGAGGAUCGCAUUCUUGAUGCACACUUGUUGAGGCUUCUGUAUAACCGCUACUUGCAAUGGCGGUUUGUUAAUGCAAGGGCAGAUGUUACCUUCUUGGUGCAGACACUGAGUGCUGAGAAUGAUAACAUACUGAGAGCUGCAUAUCAUUUGACAGAAAUGGAUCAGGUAAAUGUUCAUAAUACAAAAGCUGGAACAGUACCGUUCCAGCUACAGUGCCGUUCCGCGCUGUUGGCAAACGGGGCCAUUUGCGCCUUACUUGUUUGCUUUGAAGCUGUUUCUGGGUUAAAGGUGAAUCUAGCUAAAUCUGUCUUGGUCCUUGUCGGUAGUAUGGAUAAUGCGGGCAAUCUGGCUGGAAUUCUGGGAUGUGGAACAGCUUCUAUGCCUUUGAAGUAUUUAGGUCUCCCGUUGGGGGCCCGUUCAAGGGUUCAUGAUUGGGAAGUGGAGGUCUUGGCCUCUUUUUACACGCUCUUGUACUCGUAUACGAUGCGUGGGGAAGGGGAGGAUAGGAUGUGGUGGAUCUCUUCACGCAAAGGAAAAUUCGAGAGAGGUAUUGUUGUGAUAAACCGUUGUUGCAUGUGUCAAUCAAAUGAGGAGUCAAUUGAUCAUCUCUUUCUUCAUUGUGGGGUUGUGCGAAUCUUGUGGAAUGCCAUUUUCACUCGGUUCGGCUUGUGUUGGGUUAUGCCUGGUAGCGUCAAGGAGUUGUAUGCUACUAGGUGGGCGGGUGGCAAAUCCCGUAGUGCUGUUGUGUGGAAGAUGGUUCCUCUUUGCCUCAUGCGGAGCAUCUGGAAUGAGAGAAAUGCUAGAUGUUUUGAGGACUCAUCUAGGAACAUUGAGGACCUUAUUCACUUCUUCUUGUACACCCUUUUCACUUAG